UUAUCUUACGAACGAAGUAUCGGAUUGCUAUCGUUCCGCUCAGCAGUUGUAUAUUAUUUUAGUUAUUUCUUUCGGAUAGCCCUCGGACAUAAAUAAUUAUAAUUUUCUACGUAAUUAUAUUAUAAUAUUUUGCAAGAAAAAAUAACAAUAAAGUUGAAAAAGACAAUCGGUGCUCGUAAAGAAUCGUCUGCAAUGGAUCAUCAAAUGUUUAAAAUAUACAACCAAAGAGAUUUUGAUAGAAUCACAAAAGGGAUAAAAGUUGCGCAAUGCAUGCAAUCGAAAUCAUCAUCGGUGCCAGAUGCCGAGGCUGUAUUGAGUCAACUCGAGGAUUUGGUAGUAUCGGAUUCUUUAUGUUGUUCUUUUUGCAAUAUUAUUUUUGAAAAUAAAUCACAGCAAAGACUCCAUUAUAAAUUGGAUUGGCAUCGUUAUAAUCUCAAACGACGACUUCUUGGUCUCAAGUCUGUCACGGAAGAUGGUUUUAGUCUUUUAGCUGAAGAUGAUGAUGUCUCAAGUUUGUCGGGGAGUGAAAUGGAAUCAGAGAACGAAGAAGAAACAGCAACUUCGGAAAAUGGAAGUUCUCCGAGUGGAACAACAAAAGGAACAGACUCUGAUGUGAAAACUGGGACACCCUCUGGCAAGACUAAAAAAAGUGAUAAGAAAAUAUUGAAGCAAAGCAGCUCAAUAUCGGAUGGCUCAGAUACGGAAAUGGACGAAGAAGCAUUAAAAAAAAAAAAGAUGGAAGCCUUGCUUGCUAUUGCCAGUCGUCAUUCAAAAGUAUUUUUUGAAAACGAUGACGGCGACAUAUUCAGCAUUUACAGGUGUUUACUCCACAACAAGAAGGCAAUCCCCGAAAUUGACAAUGAAAUGAUCGCCCAAGCUAUUGAAAGCGGCAUUAAAACAACAUGGACCGUUAUUAUGGUGGGCGGUGGACAUUUUGCAGCUGCUGUUUUUCAAGACGGCGAAGCUCUGGUGCACAAAACUAUUCAUUCCUACACUGUUCGAGCGAAACAAGGUUCGUCGCAAAGUUCGCGAGACCAAAGAACAAUGGGGUCUCAUCCAAAAAGUGCAGGAGCUAGCUUACGACGCUACAAUGAAGCUGCUUUCACUCAGCACAUUCAAACAAUCCUCGGCUCUUGGACUUCGCACAUCGCUAAUUCGUCGUUGAUACUCUAUCGUGCGGUUGGACCUCACAAUCGUUCCAUACUUUUCGGUGGUAAAAAUUCUCUGUUCGAUAAAAAUGACGUACGACUAAGACCACUGCCAUUUCCAACAAGACGAGCCACUUUUAGCGAAGUAAAACGAGCUUACGACGUUCUCAGCACCAUUGAAAUUUACGGUUCUGCAGCUGAUUUUACUGAUUCUUUUCCAAUCUCACCUCGUCAGCCAAUUCGGAAAAGAAUUCCAAAAGUCGAUCUGCUUGUUGAAAUACCAGAAAUGGAGAGUCUCUCUAAAAAUUGCGAGGAUCCGACAGUAGUUGACGCGAGUAAUUCAUCACAAGAGUCUGGAAAAAAUUCUCGGGGUAACUCCACUCAAGUAGGCACUGGAGAACGUCAACAUCGAAGUCCUCGUGCUCAUAUAGAUCGAGCCAAACCACGGAAGAGUCCGCGUCGUCCACUGCCCGAUAUUGUGGCUAAAUUAGCUCAGUACUCGUCGGGAUCGGAACUCGACUAUACGGAGAAUGUGGCAAUCGAUUUUCCAUUAAUCACUCAAGACUGUGAAGUCGAUUUGAACGAUCAUUUACUCGCAUUCCAAAAUACUGUUCCGAGACACGUGAAAAUUCGAAAUAUCAAACGACAGAAGCGAAAAGUUAAAAAAGAACGUGUCGAAGGAGAAUUGCCAAUCAACGAAAUUUUAACAAGCACUAAAUUGCAAUUGUGGGACGCAAGUAAAUCAGGGGACAACGAAUCUCUCGGAAAACUCUGGAAUACGCUGUUGGCAGAGGUCAAAAGGUGUGAAAAACUCAAAGAUGAAAUGGAUGAAAUGCACGAAAAUCAAACGGACAAGCCCGCUAUUUUGCGAGCCGAUGCUUUAACAAAAGUUCUCAAUGAACCAAAUGAGGAGGGAAAUACCAUGUUGCACCUGGCUGCUAUCGGCGGACACUUGAAAUGCGUUUGGUCCCUCCUCGAGUACGGUUCUGAUCCAUGCAAGAAGAACAAAAAACUGCAGACCCCUUAUGCUGCAACAACGGACAAAGAGACUAGAAUAUCAUUCCGACGUUUCAUGGGUGAAAAUCCGGAUAAAUACAACUACAACAAAUCUCAAAUACCAGGGCCACUGACGCUGGAAAUGGAGCAGGAGGAGAUGGAAAAGAAGAAACAACAGAAGAGGGCAAAACGUGGUCGCGAAAAAAUCAAGAAAAAAGAGUUCGAAGUGAAGCGCAAGGAGGAAGAAUCUCGACAGAGAUUUCUCAGUCUGAGUGAUCGGGAAAAGCGGGCUCUGGCAGCGGAACAACGAUUGCAACAGCAGGGCGGAGUGAUUGUGUUGCGUUGUUUUCAGUGUGGUGCUGAUAUAACUGGUCUGGUACCGUUUGAAUACAAUUCAAAUCGUUUUUGCUCGAUGCCCUGUCUCAAAGAGCAUCGGCUCCAUCAUAAGUUUAUUCUUUGAUGUUGCGAACUCUGCAAAACAUCCAAGGAUUUGCUGUGACGCUGUAAGUUAGCGAGAAACUUUAUUUUUUUUUUUUUUUUUUUUUAUGUUAAACAACUUGAUAUCCAAAUAUCGAUUGGGAGCAUAAUUAUUUGCGAUUGAGUAUUGAAUACUUUUGUGUGAAUUAAAUGUAUUUAUUUGUGAUCGGGACGAUAGAAUUUUUCAAUAACAACCGAGUACUUUCAAUCAUGAUUGAUCUACGAAUGAUGUUGAUGAAGAUGAUGAUAAUAAUAGGAAUAAUAAUAAGAAUCAUAAUAACGAUAAUAAUUGAAAGAGAAAAUCAAUAAUCACAAAGACAACGGAUGAGCAUAAGCAAAAAGAAAGGCAAGAGUUUUGAUCUGCCGAUCGUUGAACUGUGUCGUCCAUGACGACUUUUUAUUGAAAGUUACAUAACAAUAUAUUAUGAAUUUAAGACGAGAAGCAUGCAUGGUAUUUGAUUAGGUAAAAGGGUUAAAAAUAACAGCGAAUUAUUCGAGGAAUUUCAACAAUUGUCAAAGGCACGAGGGCACUGGAGAAUAAAACAAACUCCAGAGUAAACGAACAAGGAAGUUCCAUCAAUAAUGAAAUGUUAUCAUCGCUUACUCAAUUCAGUUGUAGAGGAAAAAACAGUGAGGAAACUUUUUAUAUAUUUUUGAAAAUUGAAUUCCCGGACGAUUGUCAAUUGAUUAGUUUCUAUUUGAGGAUGUACGGGCGCGUCGUAUUAGUCAGAUGACAGUCUUUCCAUAUAUUUUUUAAAGGAAUUAUCUCAGUCAUUCAUAUAUAGCAGAAUGUUAAUAAACAAACACUAUCUUAAUUUUUUAAUCGUGAAUAAUAGUUAAGUUGAGUUCAUUGUAUAGAACUUAUUUCAUUCCGAGUUUUUCCCAUGAUUCUAUAGUACAUUGCGAAAAGACAACGUUUGCUAACGUUGAACGUAGUAUUGGCAGAUUAGAUCAGAGAUUACCAUAUAUAACCUUAAAAAGGACAGCUGUCACUUUCAUUGACGAUAUGAUAUAGGUUGCGCUAUAUAUGACAAACGACAAGUGAAGAAUGCGCCUGAAAAAUUUCAAGAUUCUGUAACUUUUGUCGUCUUCAACUCUUUAUUGGCGAUCCACACUACCGAUGGCGGCGCUCGUGUCCCUCGGAAAAAUGGCGCUAUUGGAGUGCAAUUUUAACAGUUGUGCAUGAUUUAGCAGCAUUGGAAACAUGGACCAGUCGUAUUUAAAACUCCGACAAAUUUAUGAAUACGUACAUUUU